GAAAUCGCCUUGAAGAUCGUUGCGUUCGGAGCGCGUGAAUUCUUCCGUGGAAAGGACCGCUACUGGAAUGUGUUCGACUUCGUCAUCGUUUCAGUGUCAAUCGGUGAGACGCUGAUCGAGAUGCUGAUUCUCACGUCCUCGAGCGUGGACUCUGCACAUUUGCGAGUGCUUCGUUUCUUACGGGUAGCCCGAGCAUUGCGCAGCAUACGCGUGAUGCGGCUGGUUCACUACAUCGGUGCUUUGCGGACUCUGGUGUUCUCAAUCGUGAGCACAAUGGGCAGCCUUUUAUGGACUAUGCUACUGCUGGUCAUGAUCUUUUACUUGUUUGGUGUAAUCCUGGCACAGAUUGCCACAGACAAUUGCCGUACGCUGCAGCAAACCGCCACGGGCGACAUCAACGCCGUACCGGUGUGCGAAGGCGCUCUCUACGUGCACUGGAGGACCGUGCCGGUGAGCAUGCUGACACUCUUCAUGGCUGUUAGUGGCGGACUGAGCUGGACCGAGGCGCUGCAGCCCUUGCAACAGUUCUCGCCCUUCGGAGUCGCAUGUGUGAUCAUAUACAUCGUAAUCACGGUUUUCGCGGUCCUCAAUGUCGUGACAGGCGUGUUCUGCAACACCGCAAUUGAGAGUGCUCACGCGGACAAAGAUAUCGCGAUCAUGAAGCAGAUGAACAAGAGAAAUGCACAGAUCGAAGCACUGCGGCAUGUCUUUGGAGAGAUCGACCGAGACCGUUCGAACAAGGUCAGCAUUCAGGAGCUCAAGGACGCGAUGGACACUCAAAAGCUGUCCAGUUUCAUGGAAUCUCUCGGCAUCUCAACAGAGGACGUUUGGACACUAUUCAUGGUCAUCGACUCUGACGAAAGCGGUGAGAUCACCCUCGACGAAUUCGUUGGUGGCUGCAUGACGCUCAAUGGGCCUGCGCGGAGUCUUCAUCUUGCACGCAUGAGCCACGAAAACAAGGUCACUCGACAGGAGAUCAAGCAGCUUAGUGCCCAAAUGGCUGGACUAAUGAACUUCCUUGGCGUGGAUCGGGCUGCCUCCGCAAAAAGUGGGUGCGACAUAACUAAGUUGCAGCUUACCGAUGUGGACUGGUUUGAGGCCAUUGGCUCCGCCACCAACGGUGGCGGCUUUGCCAACGUCCUACGCGCCGCACCAGGGCCCCAGAGCUCUGGAAGCUGUGCUCUUGGCAGUCGCCUCCGGGAGGCCUUGAGCAACAACCUGGUGCCCUUGGUGCUGGCGGAAAGUUCUUCAGCAUCAUCGGCACUGGAAAGUUUCCUAGCAUCAGGUGCUGUCGACGAUCCUGCCGUGCAAUGUGUCAGCCUGCGACUUUGCGCUCUGGAGCAGAAGCGGCAGCGUGACUUCAAGCGAUUCUUCCGGAAUGCACUGAAGUCUGCGAUCUUGUCAGGAAGCUUCUUCACGCUACCAGUCGAGGACUUCUUCGACGAUGAAGUUGACAAACAUGGUGCUAGAGAGUUGGCAAACAAGCUCGUCUUCGAAGAUGACGAUGGGGCUGCUGGCAUUGCCGAGGAUGCAUGGCUUCAGCGCGCAGCAUCCAUGCAGAACCUGGAGGCUCUUUUGAAGAAAG